ACCCCACGUGACCGACUCCUUGUCCACGUGACAACUGUUUCUCACUAAGCGCGAGUGCCGAGAGCUAUGGAGCUGGGGGUUGAGCAGGGUCCGCGACAGGUUACCCCGCUGCUGCUGCUGGUGCUGCUGCAGCAUCUUGGAUGGGGCCCGCACAAUCUAGCCAGUGCCGGGAAAAUGAAGGUCGUGGAGGAGCCGAACACAUUCGGAGUGAAUAACCCCUUCUUACCUCAGACCAGUCGGUUACAGGCCAAGAGAAAUCCAUCAGCAAUCUCAGGUCCUGCACAUCUCUUCAGACUUUCUGGCAAAUGCUUCAGUUUGGUGGAAUCCAUGUAUAAGUAUGAAUUCUGUCCCUUCUACAAUGUCACACAACAUGAACAGACUUUCCGUUGGAAUGCCUACAGUGGCAUUCUGGGGAUUUGGGAUGAAUGGGAAAUUUUCAACAACACAUUUACUGGCAUGUGGAUGAGAGAUGGAGAUUCCUGUGGGACUAAGAACAGGCAGACAAAGGUGGACCUUGCCUGUGGGAAAAGUAAUAAACUGGCUCGAGUGUCUGAACCAAGUACUUGUGUUUAUUCUCUAACCUUUGAGACACCUUUGGUUUGCCACCCACAUGCUUUGUUAGUAUAUCCAACCUUGGUGGAGGCCUUACAGCAGAAGUGGGAUAAAACAGAGCAAUCUCUUGCUGAUGAAUUAAUUACUCCACAGGGAUAUGACAAAUUGCUGAAAAAGGUGUUUGAAGAAGCAGGCUACUUAAAAGCCCCAACAGAAAGCAAGGCAGCAAAUCCAGAAGGAGAAGCCAAGGGUCCUGUGUUUGAAACUCUGGAGAAAUGUAAUAAGGAAUAUGAGGAACUUUCUAAGGAAGUAAAAACCCUGAAAAACUUGCUAACUCAGAAUCACAUUUCAUAUUCAAAGCAGAAAGGUAAAUCAUGUGUGCUCUUUGAGCAUUCCCUGUAUGACUCUUGUUGCAGAACAGACUUUAUUUUAAUGUCUAAAUUAAAUUCUACAAUUAAUCACUUCCAAAUCUGUAUGUUCUAUCAUCCUUCCAUCACUUCUGGGAGGUAAUGGGAAGAAUCAUUUUAUAGAGGAAAAUGAAUUGAGCCUGCUGUUUGGUGUCUUGGCAGAAAGUACCAGUGUUGAACAUUUGGAUUAUAAGAAAUCUACAACUAGCUCCCCAGUUUGGAAUAGUACCGGGCCCCCAAAGCAUCUUCGAGGAGACAAUGGCCUUCAGAAUGACCUCUUGUGACAGUUCACAGGCAGAAGACCCGAGGAUUCUAAAUUGAUUCAUACAUAUGAUACACAUUUUCGUAUGGAAGGGAGGGAAAUAAGCUUUAAGGUUGCUUUGGUAGUCCCAAGGAACUGAACUCCUAAUUACUAGACCCAAUUCUAGAAAAUCCUCUCUUUCAUGGAUAUUCCAGUGUUCCAUCCCAAGAAAUCAUGAUGUGAUAGAAGAGAACCUUGGAAAACAAGUCAAUUUCCCUACCCAUGGUGACAGUGAGAAAGAAAUCAACAGUGAAACCAGGAAGAAGAACAGGUCAUAGGGCAUGACUGGGACUCUGGUGCUAAAGAAAGUUUAAGGCAAAAAAUAAAAAACACUACAGGGAAAAGUAAUUAUUUUCUAUAAUGAAGGCACUAUCUUAAGUAUGGAAUACUUUAUAAAAUAAAUGAGUGAAUUUAUAAAGUGACUUAUUGGAAGAAGGAACUGGUUCCUGGAUUAAAUGUACCUAUGUAACUAUCUCAGGUCAGUAAAGAGGGUGCUCUCUUCCCUGAAUUUGGUUGAUUUUUCUCAAUGAGACAUAAGCCAAAAUAAAGAUUCAAAAUUUUAAUUCCCA